AUGGAUCAGACGGACCUCGAGGCACUGCUAGCCACCUUGCGCCAGGCCCAGGACGGCUCGACGCCCGCACCAGCGCCUGCCGCCGCCAGUUCUGCACCAGCUCCUCCACCCUCAUCAGCGAGCGCACCUCCCCCACAAGCCCAGCUCGACGCCCUCCUCUCGAGCCUCACCGCCCUCCCGCCCGCACCCGCCGAGCCUCCAGCCCCACCCCCGACCCGCACCCGCGACCUCUCGGCCGUCUCGUUCGCAGAGAGCGUCCCCAUCCUCAACGGCCUCGCCCUCGACCCCAGCUUCCUCGAGCGCGUGCAGGCCAUCUGGGACGACCAGGAGACGUUCGAGCUCAGGACCAAGGACGAGCGCAACCGCCUCGAGCUCGAGCUCGUGCGCUCGGCUGCCUCGCCCAUCCUCAAGUCGUCCAAGCUGCGCGAGUGGGACCGUGCCGCUGUGCGCAAGUGGACUGCGCUCCAGGCCACGCAGCAGGAGCGCCUCCAAGCUCUCGGCAUCCCCACGUUCCAGAAGACGGCCGACCCGACCAUCCUCAAGCGGCAGGAGCGCGUCAUGAGCGUCCUCGUCGGCUUCCUCGAGGACCACGGCAAGGGCGAGUGA